AUGGUGUUACUGUAUAUUAUUUUCAAAUUAAUUGGAUUGUCACCUUGGACAAUUGAUGUUACUGAGCUGUUCAGUAACAGGCGUAUGGUUAAUUACAAUAGUGACUUAUUAAAAAAUUCAAUCAUUGGUGUCGUCUAUAAUUUGUUGUUGAUUAUUGCUUCCGGUUCAUUUCAUAUUUAUAUUUUAUUUAUUUUGGGUGAUAAGGUAGAAUUUUUUAGUUGGAUAGCGGACUCAAAGUUCACAAUGUUAAUCUAUUCUGUUAUAUUAAAUCUGAAAAUAAUAAUAACGUUAGUAAUUUGGUUCAAUUACAUUGUACGACGAAAAAAAAUAAUUGAUGUAGUUGAACGCUUGAUAAAAUUGGACAAAAAAUUACAAAAAUACGAUUUCAUACUCAAUGAUUAUCAAAAGAAUUCCCCUAUUUAUCUCAUAUUUUUUAUAGAUUUUGUUCUUUGUCUUUCUUUAUUGAUUAUUCAAUUAAAAAAAGAGAAUUGGUCAAAAAAUGUGCUUAUUAAAUUUAUACCAAUUGCGAUUAACAAGUUACUUUUAAGACUGGGUAAUUUGAUAGAGCCGGAAGAAGAAUUAUUGACAAUUGAUGAUGUCUUCUCUCUAAAGGAACCACCUAAAAAAAUAAUAGUUUGA